CUACUGCCCAGAAACCUUCAUCACCUGAAAAAAAAAAGAGAGGAGAAACGUGGGCAGAACUUCUGUGGAAUGAGUGAAAGUAAGAUGAGGGGAAAGGCAAGGGGAGGAGGGAUGGGGAGAGGUCCUCCACCCUGAAGGUUGGAGAGGGUCAGCACGGUGAGUGGUGCACACCAGGAGAGAGGGGGAGGACCCACAUGCACACAAAAUAUAUUUAAGAUGUUCAGGCAGAGGAGGGCUACACACAGGACAUCAGACAGAGCCUGGGUGAGCCUUUGGUCAAAGAGGAGCUCCAACUCAACUGGUCCGCUUGAAAUUUACAGCAAAGACCUUCGACGGGGACUCGCUGCUUUUGAACACCGAAAGCGAUCAAAAACUCUUAGUGAAACUUAGAUCUUUUGAAAAUCAAGAACCUUGACAUAGAAAAUGGCAAAGGUAAAUUUGAGCAUAGCGGCUUUGGUGGUCACAGUGCUGCUUUUGGCAGAGACAUGGGCCCAGAAUCCCAGAAAGAGAAUGGCCCCUCCAAAGCCUCCCAAGGCUCAGUGUUGCGAUGAGGUGCGCUCACUCAAGGUCCAGGUGGCAAAUCUGACCAGCAUCCUCGAGGAGCUGAGCCGCAAGCAGGAGACAGACUUGAUGAGCAUCGUGAGGCAAAUAAUGGAGCUGGACAAGCAGAACCGGCAGCAAGAAGCCCGGGUGACGGAGGCAGAGAGCAAGUACUCAGAGAUCAACAACCGUGUGGAGAUCAUGCAGCUACAAACUCUACAGUCUCCUGCUACUCAGACUUCAACAGAUGCCAUAUACGACUGUUCAUCCCUCUACAGCAAGAACUACAGGAUCUCUGGCGAGUACAAACUGCCCAAAGAUGACUUUCUGGGUACCCCUGAGCUGAAUGUUUUCUGCGAUAUGGACACAAAUGGAGGUGGUUGGACUCUGAUCCAGAGGCGCAAGAUCGGCCUGACUUCAUUCAAUCGUGACUGGAAGCAGUACAAGAAUGGAUUCGGAUCCAUCCGCGGAGACUUCUGGCUGGGCAAUGAGCACAUCUUCCGUUUAACAAGGCAGCCCAGUAUGCUCAGGAUCGAGAUGGAGGACUGGGAAGGACAGACACGCUAUGCUGAGUAUGGCUUUUUCACUGUGGGUAAUGAGCUCAACAGCUACAAGCUCUUCCUCGCCAACUACAGUGGGAACGCUGGAGACUCCCUGCGCUACCACAACAACACCAACUUCAGCACCAUCGACAAGGACAAUGACAAAUGUGUGGAUGACUGUGCUGCGCGUCGCAGAGGUGGUUACUGGUACAACUGCUGCACUGACUCAAACUUGAAUGGUGUUUUCUACCGCUAUGGUGAGCACACGAAGAGCUCAGAUGGGAUCACUUGGUAUGGCUGGCACGGAUCCAACUACUCUCUCAAGAAAGUUGAAAUGAAGGUCCGGCCAGUGGGUUUUCAACCAUGAGUGCUUAGGCUGCCUGUCCUGGAUCAAGAUCAUACGCAUGAAUGCUGAGAGAUCUCACUAAUACCUGUUCAACUGAAUUGUGGCUUUUCCUGGACUGCAAAAGGAAUGAAAAUGUUGUUUGUGAUGGUCUGGUUGAUUUUAAGUCAGAUGAAUGUGUAAUGUUUUGCCGUGUUUGAUUGUAAAUUGUAGUAUUUUGUGUAUUUAUCAGUAAGAUAUUUUUUUAAAAGCUUCGAUAGAUGCUCUUUUACCACUGUACCGUAUGGGUUACUGCAUUUUGACUCAUUCUCUCAUUUGUUUUGGGCGCACUAGGAUGUAUUUUUUUUAGUUAACACAAGCAAUUUCUGGUCAGUAGCAAGAAUCAGUCCAGACUGGUCUGGUUCAUGUAGACAGAAGCAAGGACUGGUAGGAACUAAUUAAAAAGGAUCAGUGAAAUUUGCUGGAAUGGGACCAACCACCAAAGGUAUCUCCUAUGAAUUAAGCUGCAUUUUAUUGUAAAACCCCAAGAAUUGAUUAUGGAAAUGUUUGAUUUGUAAUAUGUGUACAGCUAUGUAAUUAAGUUGUUUUAUGUGAUAGAAAUAAACAUUAUUUUUUAA